GCCGUGCCUCGGGAUGUCGUCUUUUGUGCGCGUGCGUGUCACAUCACGGACACAUUCUUAAAGUUGAAUUUGUUUUUGUAAUCUGAACAACUAUGUAAAAAUAGCCGACGGGGGAAAAAAAAAAAAUUCAAAAAGUCUGAAUUGGGCGACCGAGCUCAAAUGACUUUCUUUGCUUGUGUGUGGCUUCUUCUUUGGUGUGAAGCGUGGCCGUUAAACGACUUUUUUACGCUUCCGAAACGACUUUUUUUUUUUCCCCCCCACUUCCUAAAUGACUUUUCGCUUCCUCUUUCCGACACGAGUCACACGGCACGAGACCGACUCCUACCGCUGUUUCUCAUCUUUCUCUACAUUUUGACGUUUUACUUACCUUUGUUUCGACUUUUUGGGGGGGAGGGCCGCCGAUUUCGAGGCUAAGCUGCUGGUCGGACAGCUGCUCUUUGGGUUUCCCGCAGCCUUCGCUUUCAAAGCUUUGGCCAAAUAAACUGCGGUCUCUUGUUUUUAAUCGACUGCUGAAUCUGCGCACAAGCUCGCUUCGGUGACGUCACAUCCACGUCACGUGAUCGAAGUUCAAGCGCCUGAGCUCAGCUUCCGGCAGACAGCAUGCGGUGUGCGCUUUGUGCUCUUUGUGCGCUUUUUGCAGUUCUGCUGUGCAGUGCGGUCCCGGCCGACAGGUCGCCAUCAACGGGGCGUCGCUCUUUUGGCACGCAGACGAUGUUGGACCCUGAAGUACACAUGAACAUCACGGAGAUCAUCGGCAGGUGGGGCUACCCGGCAGAGGAACACGAGGUUGUGACACAGGACGGCUACGUCCUGAUGGUCAACAGAAUCCCCUCAGGACGCGAGUGCAAGAAAAGUCUCAGAGGCGCAGUUUUCCUCCAGCACGGCCUCCUGGCAGCCGGCAGCAACUGGAUCACCAACCCGCCGGCUUCCGGCCUGGGCUACGCGUUGGCUGACGCCGGCUAUGACGUUUGGCUCGGGAACAGCCGAGGGAACACCUGGUCCAGGAAACACCGCACCUUCACUCCAGACCACUUAGACUUCUGGAAGUUCAGUCACGACGAAAUGGCCCUUUUCGAUCUUCCCGCUGUUGUGGACUACAUCCUGAAGGUGACGGGACAAGACCAGAUAGUUUACAUCGGACACUCGCAGGGGACCACCAUUGGAUUCAUGGCGUUCUCCAAGCUUCCACACGUGGCCGCCAAGAUCAAAUUGUUUGUGGCGCUGGCUCCGGUGGCCACGGUGGCUUUCACCAGCAGCCCCAUGACAAAACUCUCCAUCCUGCCCGAAUUCCUGGUUUGGGACCUGUUCGGGAGGCGGGACUUCCUGCCUCAGAGUCACAUGAUCGAGUGGUUCGCCGAGCACGUUUGCGGCAAACAUCUGCUCAGCGAGCUGUGCGGAAAUCUUUUCUUCGUCCUGUGCGGCUUUGACGAGCUCAACCUCAACAUGUCUCGCACGGCCGUCUACACCACGCACUGUCCUGCUGGCACGUCGGUCCAGAACAUGCUCCACUGGGCCCAGGCGGUCGAUAGCGGGAAGCUGUCGGCGUUCGACUUCGGCACGGAGGGAAACAUGAAACGUUACAACCAGACCACGCCCCCCCAGUACCGCGUCCAGGACAUGAAGGUUCCCACCGCCGUCUUCUCGGGGGGGCACGACACGCUGGCCGACCCCAAAGACGUCGCUCUGCUCCUCACGCAGGUGUCCAAUGUUGUGUUCCACCAGCACAUUCCCCACUGGGACCACUUGGACUUCAUUUGGGGUCUGGACGCCCCCCAGCUGAUGUUUCCCGCUAUCCUCAAGCUGCUGCAGCGGGAACACUAGGGGGCGCCGCUCACUCGCUCACCGCACGACACCUGAUCGAGUCGUCUCGCAGCAAAAUCCAAGUUGACGUCUGCUGGAAAUGUUUUUAAUUUUCACAAUCAUUUGUUUCCAUGUUUUUAUUUGCCGCUCGUUUGGAGGAGAAAAUGUUUCCCGCUUGUGUUAUUAGCAUCAUGACGCUAAGUGUAGCUAGCCUUUCGUGUGUGACCUUUUACAUCAGCUAUUGAUUCAAUAAAAGGAAAAUAAAUACCUUGCCGUUCAAAAA